UCAUUUGACAACUGUGAGUCCUAGUAGGCAAUCCGCAUUUGUCUUUACUUUUUUCAGUCGCAUUGUGAAGGAAAAUCUAUUUUCAAAAGCUCCGAAAAUGUCCGAAGUUGGAAGAAUCCCAAAGCCCAAAUUGCGUGGCUUGCACGUUGAAUUUAUUAAAAAGAGCUUGGGUAUUACCACACUUGUUUGUACAGCUCUCGGUCUUGCUUUGAAAUUCGGUCACAAUGAGCCACGCAAACGGGAUUAUGCUGAAUUCUACAAGACCUACGAUGACAACGCUGCCUUCGAACGCAUGCGAAAAGCUGGAGUAUUGCAAUCAUGCAAAUAAAUUGUGUUCAACUUUUUAGGUAUUAGCGGAAAUUUGUCGUCAUCUAUUUGAAAAAUUGAGAGAAAUAAAUUACAAAAUUCAAAAUAAAAAUGAUUCCAUUGAAAAACUAA